AUGGCCAGCCCAUGGAUUGUCACCCUCCUCUGUGGUUUUCUGGGAGCCACACUGAUCCAAGCUAACCUCCAACCCCCUGCAGUGCUCAACCUUGGCCCAGAAGUCAUCAAGAACCGCCUGACCCAGGCACUGGAGGACCACGAUGCCACUGCCAUCCUCCAGGAACUGCCACUACUCAGAGCCAUGCAAGAUAAGUCUGGCAGAAUCCCCAUACUGGACAAUCUCUUGCGCACCGUUCUGAGAUAUAUCGUCUGGAUGAAGGUCACCUCCGCUAACAUCCUCCAGCUGGUUGUGGAGCCUUCAACCUAUGACCAGGAGCUGGUAGUCAGAAUCCCCCUGGACAUGGUAGCUGGAUUAAACACGCCACUGAUCAAGACAAUAGUGGAGUUCCAAAUGCACACUGAGGUCCAAGCCCUCAUCCGGGUGGAGAGAAGCAAGAGCGGCCCCACUCGCCUGAACCUCAGCGACUGCUCCAGCAAUGAGAGCACCCUGCGCCUCAGCCUGCUUCGCAAGCUCUCCUUCGUGGUCAACUCCUUGGCAAAGAAUGUUAUGGAUCUCCUGGUUCCAGCCCUGCCCCAAAUAGUGAAAACCCACGUGAGUAAAACCAGGCCUCUGGGCUAUGAAGAUGGCACCCCCUCACCCAUUGCCCUCAGCCCCGGAGCCCUGGAGUUUGACCUUCUGUCUCCUGCUAUCCAGGACAGUAAUAUCCUGUUCAACCUGAAGGCCGAGCUGCUGGACUCACAGGCAAGGGUAACCAACUGGUUCAACAGCUCUGUGGCUUCCCCGGUGGAGACCACCCCAGACGGGGCCCCUUUCAGCCUGACCGUGAGGCAGGAUCUGGUGAAUGCCGUUGUGACUACCCUGGUCCCCAAGGAAGAGCUUGUAAUCCUGCUCAGAUUCGUGAUUCCUGAUGUGGCCCGCCAGUUACAAAUGGACAUCAAGGAGAUCAAUGAAGAGGCAGCCAACAAGCUGGGGCCCACCCAGAUGUUGAAGAUCUUCACCCAUAGCACCCCCCACAUUAUGCUGAACGAGGGUGGGGCCACAGCAGCCCAAAGUGUUGUGCUGGAAGUGUUCCCCACCAAUGCAGAUGUCCGGCCCUUCUUCUCUCUCGGCAUUGAGGCCAGUUAUGAAGCUCAGUUUUUCACAGAAGGCAACCGGCUUAUGCUCAACUUCAAUAACGUCAGCAUUGAGCGCAUCAAGCUGAUGAUCUCAGAUAUCAAACUGUUCGAUCCUGAAGUCCUGAAGGACACCCUGACCAAGAUCCUUGAGUACACACUGCUGCCCAAUGAGAAUGGCAAACUGAGAACUGGAGUCCCCAUGUCAAUGUCCAAGGCCUUUGGAUACGAGAAAGCUCUGUGGUCUGUGAGCAAGGGUGUCCUCAAGCUCACUCCAGCUUCCUCCUAA